CUCCACCCGCCUCCCCCUCCUCAGAGGCGUUUCUCUCUCUCCCCCGUGCUCAUCAGAGACUCGGCGGCCUCCACCUUCCUGCCUCCGCCUCCCGUGCCGUGCCAAGCGGCGGCACGUCCUCCGAGCUGCUCGGCCGUGGCCGGAGGGGCCGUGGGGGGCCCGGUGCCCGCCUCGCCCUCCUCGGCCUGCAGCACGCCGUCGUCUCUGCGACGCAGUCUGCCGCCGCAGCUGCCGCGCUGCCACUCGCAGCCCUGCGACCUGCUGCUGCUCAAACCGGGUCUGAAGAGACGCCGCGACCCAGACAGACCCUGUGCCCGACCCGUCCUCGACUUCACCAAGAUGACUCAGACCCGCAGCAUCGACCCGCAGUGUCUGGAGCGCGGCGGCGGCAGGCUGGCCUGCGGCGGUGACGUCUGCAUGGGCAUGGAGGCCUUCAUGGGCGACUUCCGGGGCUCCUGCUCGCCGGCCGAGUGCCUGGGCAGGACCAGCAUCGGCCCGCUGAGCGAGAGCGACGAGGAGUGCCGCGAGGAUGACGACGAUGAGGACGACGGUGAAGAGGAAGCGGAGGAGCGCGAGGCGGCGCAGCAGGCGGUGUUUGAGAGGGAUUGUACAGAACUCGACUUGAACUUAAUAGAAGAAAACUGAGGCG